CUGUUUUCCACCUAAAAUUUUUACAAUACAGUAUCGGAUUUGAGGAGUAUAUUCUGGAGUUUUCUGCUUUGAGUGGUUCAUUAGACAUUUUUUCGCAGGUUUAAAUAUAAAACCUCUGAAUAUAUCACGAAAAAUAAUUAUUCCAAGCAACAGAAGUGCGGAAAUUUAUAUUUUCCUUUUCACUUCGACCAUUGCUCAUUGAAAACAAAAAUGGAUGAUCCAAGUAGAAAUAUAACUUUAAAUUUCAAGUUGCUGACAGGUGGAACAUUUACAGUCGGUGUUGAUAGUGACAUUUCAGUUGAUUCAUUAAAGAAAAUCGUUUCGAAAAAGCUGAAAAUAAGUAAAGAUAGGAUAUGUCUAAUGAACAGUGAAAGAGAACUUCAAGAUGGUACACUCAAGGAAAAUGGAAUUGUAAACGACUCAAAAAUUAUCAUCACCCCCAACGUAGAGAGUGGAUUGGCCCAACGCACAGAAAACACCGUGCUACAAGCACUUGAAUCUUUAAAUGACAACCAAGUGAACGAUUUCCUCAGUGGGAAGUCGCCAUUGAAUUUAAGUGUUCGUCUCGGUGACCAUAUGAUGCUUAUUCAACUUCAACUUUCAACUUUGAGUCCCUCACAACAGAACUCACUAAAACAAAAAGUUGUAAACGCAUCAAAAUUCAAACAACAACAACAUCAACAGCAGCAAAAUUUGAGUCCUUUAUCAAUCAUAAAUCCUCAAGAGAAUGAUAUAUUUUUACCCAAUAACAGCAUGAAACGUCCGAUGGAAGAUAUGGAAGAAUCUUCAGCUGUUAGACAGAAAUUAAUGACAUCAAAUCUUGCUUCGAAUGAUUCAAAAGACAACAACAAAUCUUCUCCAAUAAAGUCGCUCUCAAGCAUGGUCUCGAGUCCACUUUCAUCAGCAGUACAAAAUAUGCAUCAAAGUAAUAAAUUGUGGCAAACACCAGUCGAUCCAAUUUCUGCUAAUUUAACAUCGUGUUUAUGUAAACGACUUAGUAUCAGUUGCAACAAUAAUUGUGGACAACGAUCAGACAGUGCAUAUGUUUCCUUUGGCACAUUAAAUCCAACACUUCAAGAUAAAAAUGGUCGUCCGAAGCGUGACAUUUCAACAAUUAUUCAUAUCUUAAAUGAUUUGCUAAGCGCUACACCACAAUGUUCAAGAAAUGGAGCGAAAAUAUUUUUUGAACCAACACAGCCACCCGUGGGCCCAAGUGGAAAAUUUAUUAAGAUAAAAAAGCAAUCGCAUUCGCGAAGUUCUUGUGUUCGUUGUGCUCCACCUACGUUAUUACGUCACACACAGUCAUGUUCAUCUGAUGAACCGUCUACAAGUACGAAAUGCAGCAGUGAAGCUCACUAUCCAAUACCAUCAACAUCGAGUGGAAUUGUACGUGGUGGUAGUGGCGGCUGUUCAGAUUGCAAUAAAUGUGUAACGAAUCGAAAGUUAGAGAUCGAAAAUAUGAAGACAAAGACAAAACUCGAUCAACUGAAGCUUGUGAUGAAACAGAAAAAGGAGCGACGUGAAGCAAGAAAGCUGAAAAUUGCGCCUUACAACAAUCAGCAUGAGUCAAUGAUUAAUGUUGCUAAUCAAGCAUCGAUGACUAGUCCAUCAAAAGCUUCACCAACAAAAGGUUCAAACAACAAAAGUUUAGUUCAUGAUGGUGAAACAACCCAUCAUGUUGAUUCUUCUUCUCCUGCAACUGCAACUGCCGCCAUUGCUACGUCAAUUUCCCCCAACAACAACAACAGUGAAAUGGAAAAUCAUCUUGAAGAAGUUGAUUCGGUAGCUUAAAAUAUUACCGUUUAGGAUGGAUCCUUGUACAUUCUGUAUAUAGCAUGUUAAGAAUACACCAAACGAGAGGCAUGGAAACUGUAGAUACGGAAAAUUGAAAAGGCUUAAAAGCUUUCGUAGACCUUUUGUAGACUUGAAAGGUCUCCAAUUUGGUGUGUCUACAAAUUUUCCAAAGCUUUUCUCUAAACUCUACGAAAACUUUAAAACUCUCUUCUAAUAAUUUACUUUAAUAAUACAUAAUCAAUUACGCCGCUUUCCAUUUUUUGGGUGCAUGAGUUUUCAAGCAGGCUUACUGUGAAAUUGAUUUUAAAAAAAUACAUAAAUAAAUAGAUUGUGACGUCACUUUCGAUUGUACUCAUACUGCAUCCUAUCAAAAGUAUCAAAAAACAUCCUUAUUAAUUAAUUAAAAUAAAUGCAAACGUUAUGAGUUAUUUUGUUAAUUAAAUAUUAUUGAUGAUAAAUGCAAAUGGUUAUUUUUUUGAAUAGAUAUUAAUUUUUCUUUGGAAAAGUUUUGUUUUAUGGUUUUUCCUUUUUUCCUUUUAUGACACAGUUUUGUUUAAUUUUAGUUGAUGCC